CCGGGAGCCGCAGCCAUGGGCCGGGCCCGCCCCGCAGCGCGCAGCUCGCACAGCCCGGACCCCGCCGCGCAGCCCGCGCCUCCCCGCAGCCGCAGCCGCGCCCGCGCCCUGGCGCUACUCGGAGCCCUGGUGGCCGCCGUGGCCGCCGCCGCCGCUGCCCGGGCCUGCGCGCUCCUCGCCGAUGCUAAGGCGGCCGCGCGGCAGGAAUCGGCGUUGAAGGUUCUGGGGACAGAUGGUCUCUUUCUCUUUUCCUCGCUGGACACUGACCAGGAUAUGUACAUCAGCCCGGAGGAAUUCAAACCCAUUGCAGAGAAACUGACAGGGUCAGUUCCUGUGGCCAGCUACGAGGAGGAGGAGCUGCACCAUGACCCCAGUGAGGAGACUCUUACCAUAGAAGCCCGAUUCCAGCCUCUGCUCACAGAGACCAUGACCAAGAGCAAAGAUGGCUUCCUAGGGGUCUCUCACCUCGCUCUGUCAGGCCUCCGCAACUGGACAACUGCAGCCUCACCAACUGCAGUGUUUGCUGCCCGCCACUUCCGGCCCUUCCUGCCCCCUCCGGGUCAGGAGCUGGGCCAGCCCUGGUGGAUUAUCCCUGGCGAGCUGAGCGUCUUCACAGGCUAUCUGUCCAACAACCGCUUCUACCCACCGCCACCCAAGGACAAGGAGGUCAUCAUCCACCGGCUACUGAGCAUGUUCCACCCACGCCCCUUCGUGAAGACCCGCUUUGCCCCUCAGGGCACCGUGGCCUGCCUAACUGCCAUCAGCGACUCCUACUACACUGUGAUGUUCCGGAUCCACGCCGAGUUCCAGCUCAGCGAGCCGCCUGAUUUCCCCUUCUGGUUCUCUCCAGGCCAGUUCACUGGCCAUAUCAUCCUGUCCAAAGAUGCUACACACAUUCGUGACUUCCGGCUCUUCGUGCCCAAUCACAGGUCCCUGAAUGUUGACAUGGAGUGGCUGUAUGGGGCCAGUGAGACCAGCAACAUGGAGGUGGACAUCGGCUACAUACCCCAGAUGGAGCUGGAAGCCACGGGCCCCUCAGUGCCCUCUGUGAUCCUGGAUGAGGAUGGCAACAUGAUUGACAGCCGCCUGCCCUCGGGAGAACCCCUCCAGUUUGUGUUUGAGGAGAUCAAGUGGCACCAGGAGCUGAGCUGGGAGGAAGCUGCCGGGCGCCUGGAGGUGGCCAUGUACCCCUUCAAGAAGGUCAGCUACCUGCCAUUCACAGAGGCCUUUGACAGAGCCAAGGCCGAGAACAAACUUGUGCAUUCCAUCUUGCUGUGGGGGGCCCUGGAUGACCAGUCCUGCUGAGGUUCGGGGCGGACUCUCCGGGAGACCGUCCUGGAAAGCCCGCCCAUCCUUACGCUCCUCAAUGAGAGCUUCAUCAGUACCUGGUCCCUGGUAAAGGAACUAGAAGACCUGCAGAGCCAGCAGGAGAACCCAGUCCACAGAAAGCUGGCAGGCUUGCAUCUGGAGAAGUACAGCUUCCCUGUGGAGAUGAUGAUCUGCCUGCCCAAUGGCACUGUGGUCCAUCACAUCAACGCCAACUACUUCCUGGACAUCACCUCCAUGAAGCCUGAAGACAUAGACAACAAGGUGUUCAGCUUCUCAUCGACCUUUGAGGACCCAUCCACAGCCACCUACAUGCAGUUCCUGAGGGAGGGACUCCGGCGUGGCCUGCCCCUCCUCGAGCCCUAACGUGCUUAGUCCUAGAGAAACUGGACCUGGUGAGACAGGCACUGUGUCUCCACACGUCCUGGAGUCACAGUGCCCUCUGUCCAUUUCACACUGGAAAUGGUUCCCACCUCAUUCCCAGACUGCCUAGAGAGCCCCAAAGCUAACUGAGGAUGCUCCCUUCACUUAGCCUGAAUGAUGGAUAGAUGAAGGGGCCUGGAUAAGGGUGUAAAUUUGCCAAAGGCCUGCCACUUCUAUCAGCUCAAGUGCCCCCCAACAUUCUGGGGUGAUCUCCCUGGACCUUCCACACACAGUGAUAGAGUUCAGGUCCUCAGCGUGAAGAAAUAGGCUGGAAAGACAGACUCCCCUCUCAAGCCAAAGGAAUCCAAGAGCUUGGGCCUGGGGGCCAGGCUGCCAGCCCCAUGCCUGUUUGAAGCCUUCUAUCCUGGCCAUCCCCCGGGCAGCUUUCUGUGGCCAGUGCCCACAGCUUGGGGUCAUUGUGAGCUGGAGACAGCUGUGGGGGGCCUUGCACAGAGCCCUUUACAGAAGUGGAGACCACAUUGUCCCUCUGCCACCCUUCAGGGCACGUCAUGGACCUGGUGGCCCAAGCCCAGCCCUGUCUGGGGUUGGAGACGUUCACUGUGAAGGAAGUUGUACUUCGGCAAUGGGGUUCUGGGGGCGCGGCCCGGCUGCCUGCCCCAGCAUAGGUUCAUGAUGGGUCUGUUGGGGCCAGUGUCUUCAGAACACUUCCUGCCCUGACCCCUACUCCACAGAAGUGUAGCCCAGCCAAAGAUCACAGCCGCACAGUCUAGGCCCCCAAGGUACGCUGGACACACCCAUUUGCCACUAAGUGACCACCAGUUCCCCUUGGCCACGUUUAGGGACUUGGUCCACAUCCUGAACCACUGACUAUGGCCAGUCUUUUUUAUGCACACAGAAAAGUGUUUUAUAUGAAUCUAUAUAGUUUAUAGAUUUUUUUCAGAAAUCUGAACACUGAGGAGAAAGAAGGGGAGCAGUGGCUCCCCCCGCAGCAGCCGCAUGAUGGCUGGGUCUGAAAUCGCAGAUGGAUCCUGCCUGAUGUCCUCGCAGCUGCACAUGGGGGAAAAUGUGCCCAUCUUCUUUCUCUUCCACGUUUUCUACAAGGAGUCUUCCAAGGGUCAGCAUUUCCUCAGCUCUGUUCUGCGCGUCACACGCCCAAGGCCUGCCUUGGCCGUAAUCUCAUUACGGCCUUCUUGACAUCAGCUGCUUCCCCAUGUGCCCUGCUCUUUGUCCUGCCCGGCCGGCCGGGAGCUCAGUCUUCAAGCGGGCAGAGGAGGAAGGCAGGUGCCUGUUCCCUGAGCCCAGCUCCCCUGUCCACUGCGGAGUCACCCCACAGAGCCCACCUCACAGUCUCUGGGAUGCCUUGCAGAGAUCACACCUGUUUUCUCAUUUAGUUCUCACAACAAAGCAGUGAAUUGGAAAAUCGCCCCCAUUUUCAAACCAAGACACUGGAGUCUUAGGGAAGCAAAGUGAUUUUCCAGGAUCACUCAGAGUCCUGGCGUUGUGAAUCAAACCCACGUGACUCCGAAGGCUGUUUUGGGUUGGGGGGUGCUUUGUUUGACACAGCACCCCUACUGACUUCCCCCUGUGGUGGCAAGGAAAUCCUUUAAAAUCGUGACUCCUGUAGGUGGUGGUGCACACCUUUAGUCCUAGCACAGAGACAGAGGCAGGUGGAAAUCUGUGAGUUCAAGGCCAGCCUGGUCUACUUCCAGGUCAGGCUCCAAAGCUACACAGAGAAACCCUGUCUCAAAAAAUAAAAAUCAUGAUUCAUGAUAUGGCCAAAUAGAGCAGGUGUCAAUAGCUCUACCAGGUUCUCUAUCUUAGGUAUGAGCCCUACAGAAAUGGAAGGGACCUGAGUGCUUCACGGUGCCUCUGCCACCUCAUAGGCGGGAUGUAUAUGUGCCACCCAGCCUCAGAACAGCCAGAGUGGACUCCACACUUUACUGGUCCUAUGUAAAGUACUGAUUGCUGAGGCGUUCUGAGUCUUCAAUGAUGCCUCUGCACACCCCAGCUGCGUCUUGUCACCCCUCUGCUCCCAUCCCCAGCAUGUCCUGUAAUAAAAUUGGAGCGUCUAAGGGA